AAAUCGACGAACUAGAUUAUGAUAAUCCAUUAAUGUCAUCUAUUUUAGACACUUCAGAACCACAUGAGUGGUUAAAAAAUGGAUUCUCCAAAAGUGAAUGGGAAUCCGAUUUAAAUAAUAAAAAUGGAUUAACGUUUUAUGAUACACAUAAAGGACCAUUA